AUGGAUUUUAGUGAUUACACUCUUCCAAAAAUUAAUGAAUGUACUCAAACUAUUUCACAGUUGAAUCCUGUAGCACAAACUUCUGUUUUGUCCAACACUUUAUCCAACACAUAUCAAAAUAAUGUAGACAAAAGUUUGGAUUCUCUCACUCUUACCAACAAUCAUGAUAUGCUCGAAAACCCCGACAGCCCGCCUCAGCAUGACACUAGCAAAGGCAGCACAGAAGAACAACAUUUAUGUCAGUACUGUGAUCGAGUCUAUCCAUCCCGAACCAAUCUAUCAAGGCAUAUUUUUAGAGUUCAUCGCCUACCUUCUAAGAAGAAAUCAAAUGACGAUUUAACAAAUGAAUCUAAAGGUGCAAUUUGUUAUGAAGAAGGCUGCGACAACCAAAAAUUCAAAAGCACCACAGAACUGCGCAAUCAUCUUGUAAAUCAACAUAACUUCAUUUUCCAAGUUGUAAAAAAUGAACUAGAAACUGAACAGGAGUUUAUAACAUGGAAAAAAAAUACAGAGGAAACUUGUAAUAUAAAGUGGGUAAAACAGGCUGCCAAGAAAAAAGCAUCUGGUUGUACGGUUGUAACAUACAUUUGCCAUAGAAGUGGUAAAUUUCGUAGCAAUGGUGCCCGACGGAGAGCGUUAAAAUCAUGUAAAAUCGGACAUUUUUGCACUGCAUACUUGAAAGUAGUGAUAUUAGGUGAUAACAAAGGAUAUCAAGUUGAACUAUAUCCUGAUCAUUAUGGCCACGAUGUUUCUUCUUCAGAGGACAAAAAAGUUAAAGUUCAAGUUGCAAAAUGCUUGAAUACUCCUGUUAGAGGAGUUAUCCUGGGUACUACUGGUGUUCUUUUUGAAAAUGGGAAAUAUGAAGCUAUAAAGGGAUCUGUAGUUGGAGUAGAAAGGCUACGGCAACUUGGGAUUGCUGUCAAAUUCAUGACAAAUGAUUCAAGGAGGACACCUAUGGAGUUAUUGAAAAAGUUACAAUCUUUAGGGUUUAGUGUUGCAGAGGAUGAAAUUUCUUCUCCUAUACCUGUUGUAAUAAAUACCUUAUUAACUCUUGGUUUACGGCCGUUUUUAAUGGUUCAUCAAGAUAUUCUACCAGCUUUUGAUAAACUUGAUCAGACCUCACCAAAUUGUGUUGUCAUUGGCGACAUGGGGAACACUGUCUCAGCUGAUAUGUUUAAUAAAGCUUAUCAAGUGCUGACUUCCUCUCCAAGUCCGGUGCUUGUGAAAUUGGGAAAUGAAAAGUACUAUAAAGAAAAAAAUGAGUUAGUCCUUGGUGCUGCAUCAUAUGCUGCUGCCUUAGAGUAUGCAUGUUCUACAGAAGCCAUGGUUGUAGGAAAGCCUUGUUAUGAUUUCAUCAUGAAUGCUGUGAAUGAGAUGGGCAUUUGCCCUCAGGAGAUUCUAAUGGUAGGAGAUGAUAUAGAAAAUGACAUUCAAGCUGCUCAGCGAUGUGGAAUGAGAGCGAUACUCGUAAGAACUGGAAAGUUUAGAGUUGAUGAUGCAAAGCAUGAAGUAAUAAAACCAGAUGCUAUUGUAAAGAAUGUUGCUCAUCUGGUUGAUAUGUUAGUUUUGAAAUCGAAAAGGGAAAAUUCAUCCAAGUGUUCUGACAGUCCUCAUAAAUAUCCACAAGAGCAUAAAAAACAAGUUAACAGAAGCCCUAAAGUUAUUGAACAACAGCCACCACCUCCUCCCCCUCCUGUUGUUCCUCCUAUUCCACAAGUUCCAGUGCACUGCGACAUUUUUCCAUUUCGCUUUGGGGCAGGACCAGAAGUUAGCUAA